AUGGCAUCGUCGAAUCUACAGGGCCUGAAUCUGGUCCACCCCGAGUCGCCGCCAUCGAAUCUGACCGAUGCCCAGGACUUGCUAUCCACCCCUCUCUUCCCAGACCUCGCAGCCCACCUGGACCUCUGGACAAACGUCAACUUUGCGUCUGACGAGCCAUUCAUCAGCGCUCGAGAUCGCGAGCUGAAAGAGAGCGAAACCGAGGUCCCGCAUGCGGAUAGUCUCACCCGCAAGGAAGUCGCCCAUAGCUUUACGGCCCCUGCUCCCUCGCCUGUAUCGGCCGAUGCGCUCCCACAGAGCCAUCAGUUUGAUUUCCAGCGCUUUCUCGCAGAGUUUGGGAUCCCUCCGCCCAAUGCGGGUGGUCUUAAUAUCCAGACCCCGUCUGGGAUACCCCAGCCCAGCUUUUCCUCGAGUUCAUUUGGCGCUGUCCCUGCAGCAGCACCACAGAGUACGAUCCAGCCUGCCCAGUCCGAGGUAACUCCCGCCGCCAAACGGGCACGCACAGCCAAAACGACAUCAUCCUCGACAUCAUCAUCAUCACCAUCAGUACCACCAUCCUCAUCCUCCUCCUCAUCGCCCACCACAUCCACCGCUCUCCCCGAUCCAUCAGAGGCGGAACCGGACACCUCGACGCCGCUCACCGCCGCCGAGGACAAGCGCCGACGAAACACGGCUGCAUCGGCUCGCUUCAGGCUUAAGAAAAAGGAGCGCGAGGCUGCGUUGGAUGCCAAGGCCCAUGCGCUCGAGGAGCGUGUGGCCAGUCUGGAGCGCGAGUGCGAGGGACUCAGGCGCGAGAAUGGGUGGUUGCGCGGUUUGGUCGUUGGUGUCACCGGUGGUGUGGUCCCGAAUAUGAGCGAUGUGCCUAUUAGCGCUCCGUCUGCCGCCAAUGCGACUGCAGCUGCGACUGCGACUACAGCGACUGGUGCCGAGAAGCGCAAGCGAGAUGAGGAGUCUGCGUGA